UUCGAUUUGCUUUGGUAAUCCACCAGCUUGACAAGAACAACAACCUGCUUCCUCAGCUUCCUUGCCCCUCUCGUUGGCAACCGUUUGCUUGAAGCUUGCAACAACCCCUCACAAGCACACACACACACACAUAGCCAUCAUGGUGCGGGAAGACGAGCCCAAGGAUCACGAUGAGAUGGUCCGGGACUUUGUUACCAUGAGCGGCGCCUCGGUCGAAUUGGCCACUCAGUAUCUCGAGACCAACGGCUGGGACAUGCUCGCCGCCUGCAACUCCUACUUCCACGACGAGGACGAGCGAAACGACGCACGACGCCGGCAACAGGCCGCCGAAGGAACGCUAGAACAGUACAGCGGCCCGCGGACCCUGGAUGGUCGCCCUGCUCCCCAGGAAGACUUCUCCAGCUUAGCGUCCCGGCAGGCGAAACAGCCGAAGAAGAAGGGCAUUGCCACACUGGGAUCUCUGGCCAGCAGCAGCUCUGCUCCUCACAACCCCAUGGACGACGAGGACGACGAAGAUGAGGACGAUGAAGAUGACGACGGACGAGGCAACCUGUUUGCCGGUGGUGAAAAAUCGGGCCUUGCUGUCCAGGAUCCAAGGCAGGAGGGUGGCUCAAGGAAGAUUAUCAGUGACAUUCUCGCCAAGGCGAAGGCGAACUCACGGCAGUCAGACCCCAGCGCAGAGGCCGGUCCCUCUCGCCCGACUCAUUUCCGUGGCACCGGCGUGACCCUCGGUGGCGAUGGCGUGGAGAGUCGAAGCAUCCCCGACCCCCGCGGAGCCGAGCGACCUAGCGGGCCGCCAGUUGAGCGCGUGCUUCACAUCUGGCAGGACGGAUUCAGCAUCGACGAUGGCGAGCUUCGCCGCUUCGACGACCCUUCCAACGAGGCCGAUCUCCAGCUGAUACGAUCAGGCCGGGCUCCCCUCCACCUCAUGAACGUGCAGCACGACCAGUCGGUGGACGUCAAGCUUCAUCAACACGACACGCCUUACAAGCAGCCACCCAAGAAGUACAAGCCCUUUUCCGGCACUGGCAACCGCCUUGGAAGCCCGGUGCCUGGAGCUUCAUCCACGACGUCGUCGACACCUGCGCCCGCUACACCGCCCGCUGCUGCUUCUGCGCCGACCAUUGACGAUUCGCAGCCUACGCUGAUGAUCAGGAUUCAGAUGCCCGAUGGAUCCAGGCUGCCUGCUCGUUUCAACACCACGCACACGAUUGGAGACGUCUACGGCUUUGUUCAGGGGGCUUCCGUGGAGACUCGCACUCGGCCGUGGGUGUUGUUCACGACCUUUCCCAACAAGGAGCACACGGAUAAGUCUCUGGUUUUGGGGGAGAUGCCCGAGUUCAAAAAGGGCGGAACUGCUGUGGUCAAGUGGGUGUAGG